AUGGGGCGCGGUUUUGGAAGAGGGUCAAGGGCUGUUAUUGUCACCCACUCGCAAGGUAAAACUGGAGGGACUAAAACUCCUCGUGGCCUUCGUGGAUCAAGACAGAUCAAACGCAAACGCUUUCAACAAAAACAUGAUGAACAGAAGAAGCUAGAAGAAUCCAUGGGGAUGGGAGAGACAAAGGUAACCCAGAGGGAAAAACCCUUGGCACAGCAAGUGGCUGGAAUUCAAUUCGCUCAUGUCGUAAAUAAAAGACAGAAAGGUUUUAAACAGUUGCGAAGACAAAUAAUAGAAGGAGUACGUGACCUGCGCCGGCGACAUGCUGAGAAGAAGAAAAGGCAAGCGAAGAAAAGUACCAAGUAG